GCCAUCUCUAUCCGAGUACUAACCUAACCUGUCUUCGCUAGCCGUACAGCUGUUGCGGAAAAUAUUUUAAGCCGAAUAAGCACUGCUAUCGUCGGAGACUGACACCAAUAGAGGAAUCCAUCCAAGAUGUCGCACACCAUUCUGUUCGUUCAGCCCGGGGCUCGCCCGGAGACUCGCACUUACUGCGACUACGAGAGCGUCAACGAGUGCAUCGAGAGCGUGUGCAAGUCCUACGAGGGGUAUCUGAAGCGCCGCAACCCCAAAAAAUCGACCAUUACGUACGAGAUCAGCCAGCUCUUCGACUUCCUCGAUCGGUUGAAGGACAUCUGCUGCUUGGUGUACCAGAAGAGCACCAAAACCUACGCCCCGUUCAGCAAGGAGUGGAUCAAGUCUAAGAUCUACGACCUGCUCCGCGGAUCGGCGCACAGCGCUUGAGACGAGUCCAGGGAUGCUUCACGACGAAGUAACCAACAAAACAACACACAAGACAGUGAACACACCACACAGAAGGGAAUCAUCCGGGGGCAACACAUAAUCAUCAUAAGCAGAUCAAUGACACAAUAAGAAUUCGAACAGGAACCACAGUCACAUCCAUCAUCGUCUGAAGCUCUCAACAAUCAAUGAAAUAUAUACUCCAACAAUCAAUCAAAUGUAUUCCUUACUUAAUAAGAAAUAAUAUAAUGUAGAAACUUAAUACUGAAUGGGUAUGACUGCACUACCGUUGGCUCCAUGCAGAUCAGUACGUCCUUGUAGACCUGGAAAGAAAAAGUAGAACAAAAUAAAGACGAAACGA